AUUUGUCUUCUAUUUGUUGUGUGUUGUCAGCCCGCUGCUUAUCUCCAAAAAUAUAGUUAUAAUUGAUACAUGUAUUAAUUAACUAUCAACAUUAAGUAAUGCAGCUUGGAGUUUUAAACUUGUGGAAUCGAACAACUUUAUGCACAAGUAGAUAAAAUAUGGAAUGGGUACUACGGAGUCCCCAAAUUCACAGCACAUUCAGCAACCUCGGCUUUGUACACGGAGAUGGAUAUCACAUAAAUGAAAACUGCAAUGCUGCUUUGGAAACAAUUCUACGCAACAUUUUGACAGAAGAUAAAUAUUUACGAACGUACCGUAGAAGUAUUAGUUUUGGGGAAAAUAUAAAGAAAGAUCUGAUUCCGCUCUUAAUACAUGCCAAGGAAGAUAAAACCAUAGAGUACAUCAUUAAAAUAUUGGUUAAUUUAACAAUUCCGGUUGAGUGUUUACUUUCCAUUGAAGCUCUCAUCCAAAAUGACUUUGGACGUCAUACGAUGUUUGAGAUUAAUAAUUUACUUUUAUCUACAAAAUCGGCUUUUACAGACAAUAGGACGACAAGAGUUGUAAUAGAAUUUAUAAAAAAAAAUGUAGAUAUUGAUCAGAAGACAAAGUUGUCGGCAGAGCAGUGUUCUAACAUAAGUAACUGUCUUCUGUUGCUGAGAAACGUCUUGCAUAUACCAGAGGAAACCAGUAAUCAGAGCCCAAGUUACAAUGGCUCUAAUCAUACAGUACAAAAUCAGAUUUUAUGGAAUUUAUUUAGUCAAAGCAUUGAUAAAAUUCUUAUAAAGUUGAUGACUUUGCCUGAUGCGACUCAUUGGGGGGUUACAAUGGUUCAGUUAAUAGCACUGCUGUACAAAGACCAGCAUGUCGUCACAUUACAUAAAUUGUUGAAUUUAUGGUUAGAAACAUCUUUAUCAGAUAGUUCGGAAGAUAAUGAGAGUAACACGUCUCCACCAGACCGAGGUAGUGAUGAUUCAUCCCCAAUGUUAACAUCGGAUCCGACUUCAGACUCUUCAGACACGGGAGGAAGCGGCAAAUGUAAUGAUGAACCCAAUUCCGUCAAUAAUGAAUGGGACUCGCCCUCCAUGAAAAAUACGACUGAGAAUGGUAAUCAGUCUUACCAAAAGCCGCCCGCUGCUGAAAAGAAAACUAAAGCCGAAAGCAAGGGAGAAUCUAUUGCAACCCAAUCUGAAAACUCUCAGGAACAGGAUAAUAAUAAAGCAAAAUCUUGUAAUGAAAAAAAUAAUAAGGAACUUUCCAAAAAAAAUGACCAGAAAGAGUCGUCUAAUAGUGAAAAAAAGACAGUAAUAUCAGAAAACUCAGACUGUGGUUACGGAACUCAAAUCGAAAAUCAAGGUUCGAUUUCUACGUCUAGCAAUGAGGACGAACCAGCUAAGAAGCCCGUACACCAGAAACCUCAUAAUACCAAACAGAGGAGCAACAAUAAAACACGUACCAGUACAAACUUGCAAGAUAGGAAACGGAAGAAACUCGUAAAAAGAGGAAAGGCAAAUAUUAUCAAUGUUCAAGGAUUAUCACACAAGACGCCUACAGACGAUGACAUUUCUAACAUAAUGAAAGAGUUUACAGUAGACUUCCUUUUGAAAGGAUAUAAUUCACUGGUACAGACACUUCACAGCCAGAUCAUUACAAAUAUGCAACUGGAAAUUGACACUUCUCACUUCUUUUGGCUCGUCACAUAUUUCUUGAAGUUUGCUACGCAAAUAGAAUUAGAUUUGGAACAUAUAUCUUCAGUGCUUUCCUAUGACAUCGUAUCGUAUUUGACCGCGGAAGGAGUAAAUUUAUGUGAGCAGUUUGAGUUGUCUAUAAAAUUAGAUGGCAACAAUUUGAAACCAAGCAUUAGAAGAUUACAUCUUGUGGUCACUGCUAUCCGAGAAUUUGUUCAAGCCAUAGAGGUAUAUAAAAAAAUUGCUCACAUGUGUAAAGAGGAUCAGGAUGCAUUGCUGAAAUUACAAAUAAAAAUGUGCGAAACUGAAGAUCUACGAUGUUUGUUGGUUUUGCUUUUACGCCAUUAUGAUCCCAAGUACCAUACUAAGCAAUAUUUACAGGAUCUCAUAGUGACGAAUCACAUAUUAUUGUUGUUUUUGGAUAGUGUGAUGAAGCUACCAGACUACAGUGGAUCUACUUAUAUGCUGGAUCAUAUAAAACAGUUUGCGACACCCGAAAUAAUGUAUCAGUAUGGACUUCUGUUAGAGGACUACGCCGGUAACGGAGAGUUUGUUAACGACUGCAUUUUUACUUUGAUGCAUCAUGUUGGUGGGGAAUUGGAUUGUUUGAUUACAUUGUUCCAACCGAAAAUUCUGAAGACGUUCACUUCUAUUUGGAAAUCGGAAUUCGAAAUCUGUGAUGAUUGGUCUGACCUCAUUGAAUAUGUAAUAAAUACAUUCAUUAAGAAACCACAUACGUUGCAAAGUACUACUAACUUUAGACUAGACACAGAAAAUUUUGAUGGCGACAGUUUCUUUGUAAAACCGCUUACACCUUCCAAAACGACGAAGCAGAUGUCUGAUGUAGAUUCCAGAAAAAGAUCUGAUGAUAUAUCCGGCAGCACAUCUAGAGAGAGCUACAGAUGGACAGAAGACGAAUUGUCAUCAUUGAGUUGGAAUUACAUGCAGUGCAGUGCCUUGCCGGACGUUAUCGGAGAGAUCAUAAAAUUAUAUAAAGAGGACGAUGCAAUAAAGCCUAGAGAGUCGGUCAUAAAAGAGUUAUAUAAACAAAACCUGAUAAGCAAAGAUGAGCGUGACAAUUUCUUAAAAGGAGAAACUAAUAGAGGAGCUAAUCUUAUCCAAGCACAUAAGGAAAUGAGAGACGAUGAAAUAGGUAAACUUUGCGAUCAACUAUCGCAAGACGGUAAAUCUAAAUUCUUAGAUUGGGUACAGAAAGUACUUUUGGAUACAUGUUUCGCAAAAAUAUAUGUCGAGAAAAAAGGAAAAUUGCAACAAAACGAAAUGCUUGGUAACAAAUCAGAUAAAUUAUUGAACUUUGAAUUGUUCAAAAAGAAAUCGGAUGACUUACCUGUUAUGUCACCAGUGUCAUAUCAUUCGCUAUUGUUCAAUCAAUCUGUGCCACUCGUUCCGUGGAAUUGUGAACAGUCGUCCAUUUGUAAGGACUUGAAGUUUUUGCAAUUGCUUCAUAAGCUAGGUUUCCACAUGCCCGUCGAUUCUGGAAAAGUAUUUAUCAGAAUACCACACUUUUGGACUGCAGAUUUUCUGUAUGACGUUGCUGCUAAAAUUUCGCCGAUCGAUAACAGUAAACUAAAUUUCUCAUUGAAUGAUAUAAUGGAAAGCAGCAGCAUUGAAACAGCACAGCAGAACAGUUUUAUAUCGGAUGCUACUAAAGAUGUUGUCAUGGUAAAAACACCUGAGAACUUCUUUCAAAUACACAAACAGAAACAUCUAGCUACUAUGGUUAAUUUCACUCCCAUGCCUGGUUCUUCAUUUAAUGUUGAGAAUGAAGAUGUUAACAAACAUAAUUGGUUGGAAGUUAUACAAAAGUCUCAGGAUUACAAAAUUACUUUAAAUUUAGAAAGAAAUACUAUAGAGAAAGAAGACAUGCACUUCGAUGCAGUGAUGCAAUUGCCGACGAAGGAUAUAAGUUCCACGUCGCCAUUGCAGCUCAUCAGUACUCCGGUGAUUUCAGAUAUUGUGUCGCCUUCACAUCUGGUUAUGCCCACUGUUAUGAGCGUUAAACAAGAGAGUUCUAACUUCAACUUACAUUUAGCAGAUUCUGAAUACUACAAUAACAGUGUGUGUGAAACCGCGUCCGUUGCAUCCGAUUUAACUCGCAUGUAUGUAUCCGAUGAAGACGAAAAACCAGAACUUCUACGUCCAGUAAUCAAUGUGAAUCCGUUAUUGGACGACCGAUUUUCUAGUGAUUCUGAUAAUGCCAGUGCUGAGAAACGGCCUCGGGUACAGUUUUCUCCGAUAUUUUAGGAUUAAUUGUGAUUGCGAAAUAUUUUUUUCAUUGUAUUAGUUAUGUAGAAUUCCACCACUUUAUUAGUAGUAGCUACACUUUAUUAUAUCGGUAGUUGUUUCAAAUUAGGUACUGUAAAAUUUAUUUUCGUUUUGGUUUAUUAUAUUUUUUUGGUAUCUAGAAGUAUAAACUGAUCUAACUAAACUAUUUUUAAAUGUUAGAAUAUUUGUAGUCUUUCUUUUAUGUAAUUUAAUAUUACAACUUUUAUUUUGUAUCUCAUUUCAAGAUUUUGUUUUAUAGAAACGCCACAAAAAUAUAUUUCGAUGUGUAUCUGUAUUAGAAUUACAGAC